GCCUCCCCUGAGAAAUGAAUAUGGCGCUAGAUGGCGUAAAGCACAAGAUGCACUGAGUCAGAAGCAAGUGUCUGCUGCUGAGGAAAGUAGCAUAAUCGAUCUUUGUACCGGUUUAUCAGCAUGAUAGAGACCCAAAGAAGGAAAACCAGCUAACAGAUACCUGACAAACCGAAAAAAUGCAAGAGAAAUUGGACAUCAGACAUCACAAGAAAGGUUCGACUCCUGGCUGAGUCAAAGCCUUGGUGGACUAAUUUUAUGACAUCUCAUGAGAUCACCCUAAGGUGGAAUUCGUGGAGUAGGAAUGUAAACGUGCCUAGGCAUCAUGCCAGAAGGUCUCAGGACUAUACCACUAUACUUGCAGAUGAUCGGGAGUCUCAGCGGUUACCAACAUGGAACACCUAUUUAUACCGACUGCAGCAGGAGGCCCCCAAACCCUUCUGUGUUGCAUGCCAAAGAGAGGUUCCUGGACGACCCGAGUUUUAUGGAAAUGAAUUUCAUGGCACUAUCAGCAGAAUAGAAGCUGACAGUCUUCUCAGGGAAGAUGGAUACUAUCUGGUUAGAAAAAGUGAACGAGCACCGGAUGCUUUUACACUUGCCAUCAGAUUUAAUGGGGAAACAAAGAACUUCAAGCUGUAUUAUGAUGGAAAGCACUAUGUGGGGGAAAAACGUUUUGACACGGUGUAUGACCUUGUUGCUGAUGGUCUUAUCCACUUUUACAUUGAACUGCGGGCAGCAGAUUAUAUCAAGGAGCUGUCAAAUGAGUCCAAUUAUGAGGAGUCGCCUUAUAUGGCUUAUAAUCAGUGCCGACUUCGUCAUGAGAUGACCAUGAGAAUACGAGCAGCAGAUGCCAACCGUCGUCGCUUGGUUAAUGUGAAUGAUUCUACAGUUGGUGAAUGCAGUGACAGUUUGGAUGGAGAGGGCACCUUUCCGGGAGAAGGGGGAGAGACUGGAAGACAUGUUGCCUGGAAUCAGUAUGAGAAACCUCAUGUGUUUAAGGUUCAAAACUUUGUAGGCCUCAACUGGUGUGACUACUGUGCCAACUUCAUGUGGGGAUUGCUAGCUCAAGGGGUCAAAUGUCAAGACUGUGGCACUCAGACCCACAAAAAGUGUUCUGAAAAAAUGCCCAAUAACUGUAUGCCUGACAUGAAGUAUGUGAAGAGAUUGUAUGGAGGAGAUCUGACAACUGUCACAAAAGCUCACAAACAAGAUCUGCCGAUAGUUGUGGACAAGUGCAUUAAAGAAAUUGAGCGAAGAGGGUUGGAUGCAGAGGGUUUGUAUAGACUUGCAGGUUUUCAUGAUGAUGUUGAAGCCAUACGGAUUGCCUUUGACAAAGAUGGGGAGAAUACGGACAUCGGUGUCAACAAGUAUGAAGACAUUAACACAAUUGCCAGUGCUUUGAAACUGUACUUUCGCCUUCUACCAAUCCCACUGAUAACAUUUGAAGUCUACAAGCCUCUUCUAGAUGCUAUCAAACGUGAUAACAUCUUGGAUACAGAGCGUGUGAAACAGGUUAAAGACAUCUUGACAACUCUCCCACCUGCUCACUACCACACAAUAAAAUAUCUCACUGGCCACUUGAUCAAGGUGAUGGAGCACAAAAGUAAAAACAUGAUGUCUGCAGAGAAUCUGUCAAUUGUGUUUGCUCCAACUUUGAUGCGGCCGCUAGAGACAGAUCCUAUGGUCAGCCUCAUGUCUGCCAAGUUUGAACAGAAGGCUAUGGAAUUCAUCUUGAUACAUCAGCGAGAUAUAUUUGGCCGAUAACAUUGUGAACACCAGGGCUUUUGCUUUCUCCUCCCCAACAUUUUUUUUUUGUUUUUUGGAUUAAAUCAAGAUUAUCAAGGAUGAGAAAAAAAUGGCUGCAUGUAAAAGCAGUUUAGUUUCAACAUACGAGUUUCUUGACAAGUUUGGUUGAUGGAUACUUGUAAGUUUUUCCAUAAUCUUGUUUGCAUGAUUAUUCGUGCCAUCAGGGUCUGACAGAAAGGAGAAAAAACAAGUUUGCUUAAUUUUGGAGGGUUAAAUGGAAAAUAAUGAUGAUGGCAGUCAGUAUUGCUUGACGGUCAAGUGGAGUGUGACUGAUAGAGCUGAAUGCAGCUGGAGAAAGAGGUCCUGUAUAGUGGUGUUUGUCCAAAACAUUUAGUGGUACCACAAGGUCUCUUUUGCAUUAGCGAUGAGCAGAUCAAAGUUAGUGUGCAGAGGUGUCAUUGGAGGUGAAGCUUGUGUUUGUUCUUGAUGUGCUUUCUUUGCUUUCAUUGAAAAAGAUGACCAGUGGACAGCUCAGAGGAAGGGACUGUAUGUUCAUUUACAGACUUCUUGUGAGAUGUGACCAUCCAAGUUGUUUGGCAAAGCAUUUAGAAUGCAGCAUCUGCAUAUGAAGAAAUUAGGAGAUUAUAAUUUGAGAAUAGUUAAAAACUGUAUUGUAUGUAGAGAUAAAAUGUUUUUAAUCAUGAAAAUCCUUGAAAACUGCAUUCCAGAAAUUCCUAUCAUGCAAAUGAGUUGAGGUGACUUGCUAGCUUUUUUAAGGGUUUUUUUCCUUGGGGGGGGGGGGGGGGUUGUGAGUAAAUUUUAGUUUUAGUAGUGUCAGUCCAGUCAGGGUUAUAAAUGUCUCAUUCCACCGCACAUGGGUAGUUGUUAAUUUUAUAAUGGUAUCUUGAUCAUCUACGCAACUAUUUGAACAAAAGAUUCAGCCUUUAAAUUGCCAAAUCAGGAGCUGUUGUGUAGAUGUGUUACAGUUUUGUGUGUCAGAGGAUAGAGGUGAUGAAUGAGUAAAGAAGUAACUGACAGUAACUGAGGAAAUUCAGCUGUUGGCUGCUUUGCAAGUAUUCACAGGGGACAUCAACAAAACAUUACUAUCACAAUGUAAAUUCAUCAAAACUGGGAAAACUUGGUAAGAUACUAUUUAAAAAUGGAACGAAACUUCUCUCACAAGACAUAAAGGCUGUUAAAAUACUGAUUUAGGCAGAAAUAAUGUGUGUGUUCACAAGUUAAUUAGUUUAAUAUCAGCACAUUUAAGAGUUGGACAGGAAAUAAAGGACAGCAGCAACAAGUGACGAGAAUGAUUGAAUUAUCUUUGUAUUGGUGAUUUUGCAACACACAAGUAGACUCAUGAGCAGACCAGACUGGCACACACAUAUAUAUAGAAAGAAGAUCAACAUCUGUAAUAUUUUACCUCAAAAGUGUGAUUAGCAUAAUUGACAGACUUCAUCAUCCUCAGUACAAAACUGUUUCCAUCAUCAAAAUAACAUUUCAUAUUGAUUAAUGUGCAAUUUAAUGUUUUUAGAGAUGUAAUAGUUUAUGGGAAAAAGUUCAUUGAUUUAAAACAAAUGAAAACAGUUAAGAGGAUACUUUCCUGAAUAUUUUUGGGGAGAGGAAAUAGAAACAUUAAAAUUCAAAUGUUGUUUUAAAGUCUUUUUUUUUUUUUUAAUCUUAUAAUGACAGUACUAGUUCAGUCCAUAAGGAAGGUCAAAAAGUAGCUGUAAAAUGUUCAAGGAAACUCUUUUGGAGCAGUAAAACAUUAAAAUUAAAGGUCUUUUAAAACUUAAUUUUUUUUAACUACGUAGAGCUUAGUACUGGAUAAUAUUUCUUGAAAUUUGAAUGAAUAAUCUACAUUCUCAAGAAGAACAGAAAAAAGAAAAAUAGAAGGAAUGUAGGUGAACACAUACAUUGUUAAAGCUACAUUCUGUGGGAGAGUUGGGACAAUAUGGCAUAUCAGUUGACAUUUGUGAUUUGUCCUGGUGUUAAACUAAUUUUUUUGUAUGGUGAUUCUUAUAAACUUGCGUCUUAAGAAUAUAAUGGGCUAUUCAUUCAGAUUUUGUAAAACAUUAUCUUUUAUGAAAUGCAUCCCAUUAAUUCUAAGAAAUGUUUUGCAAUCUUGCAGACCUUUAUGGGGAUUUUUUUUCAUUUUUGGGGGAACAUAUUUUGUAUCUCAUCCUCAAUUUGCUCCCAUUUUCACAUCCACCUUAGUACCUCAUAUUUAAUAGUAAUAAUGGGUAUUUGUAAUGCACAGCACUACGACCAAGAUAGAUCGCACUCGCUGUGCAGACCAGUCAUGGUAAAUGAACAUAUAGUGGACUGUGAGAUUUUUCAUGGGUUUUUUCCCUGACUUGCUGCAAUGUGUCAGGUGACCAGGUGAUAGCGGCAUCAUUUUUAUAAGUUAACUUUGGUAUUUAGGUUCUUGAAACAAUAUUAACUCAUUGGGGGCACAAGGUCAAUACUGAGCUAGUUACUCGGCAAUGAAAAAAUUUUCCCUAUUUUACAAAUUUCUUUAAAAAAAACGAGAUAAGUGAACAAAACAAACAUUUAAUAAGAAGUAUAUUAAGCAGAAAUCAUUUCUAGCUCAGUUCUGACUGGAAGCGCCCUUUUGUAAAACCAAAAGGAGUGUGAUAUGUCCAAUGGAGUGUUGGAAAAGUCUAACUAAAAGAGUUACGCUACAUUUACCUUUGAUAGUUUAAUUCUGUAGACAGUAAGCAUAAAUGGUCACACAUCAACUAGAAAUAAAUGGAUAUUGCUCAUGAUGAUGAAAAUCGGCUAAUAACAUUGCUCAUAAAAAUCAACUAUAAUAUUGCUCAUGAUAAUUAAAAUUAACUAUGACAAUUUGAAUUGCAGGUCAUCACAAUUUUUAAGCAGAAAGGAAAGUUGUGAUGGGAAAUUCCUAAACUUCCUUACAAUAUUUCUUCUUAUAUAAUCUUUUGGAAAAACAUAUUUAUAAUUUUUUAAAACUUCUUAACUUAUUUUGUUUUGUGCACAUAUAGCCUGCUUUCGGUGACUGCCCCUUUGACAUGAAAAACGUGUUUACAACAGACUUUUUACUUUGGAAAUUCUUCAGCUAGUAUAAUUUUUUGUUCAGGCUUUGUGUUCAUAAUAUCUGAGUAAAAAGUAUGAAAGUUUGUUGCACAUAUGUUCUUCAUGUCUAUGGUGCAGCCACAGAGAGCAGACUAUAUAGACUAUAUAUGCAUGAAAGAGUUAAAAUGAGUUAAUGAGUAUUUGAAUAUUAUAAAUUUUAGUCACAGACUGAAAAUGCUACAUAUUAAGUAAUUUGAGUUCUAAUGAUGGUAGUGGUCCUGGGUGGUAUGUUGCAAUGCUCUGUGGGCGUAUUCUUAAUCUGUUUCUUUAAAUAUAUGUGAGCUCAAAAUAUUGGAUUCUAUUCUUUAAUUUAUUUAUUGUAUGCUGUCAUACAUGAAUGGUUAUUCUGUUUAAUUUGUAUUUGCUUGAAUCUCGGAAAAUGUAUGUGUAAAAGCUAUAGCAGUCAUCAAGAGAAAUUUUACACCUCGUUCAAAAAUUGUGACCAAGGGUCCAUAUUACAUUCUUUCUUCUAGAUAUCAGUGCAAUCGGUUCCAUCUCGUGUAAUAAAAAGUAUUAUUUGUGUUUACUGAAGCUCAGACAGAAAAUCAGUCAACCAUUCUACAAUGACUAAAAUUCCAACUAGUUAUUUUUGACAGCUUUAUAGAAACAUAAAAAGAAUACUUAGAUAUUUAGUAUGCAUUUAUUUGCUUUCAUUCAUUGUAAAUGUAUAACAAUUGGAGUGCCAUGCCCAUGGCAAUAUGAGUAAACCACAAAAGUAUUAAAUCAUUGUCAUUUUACAGUAGUUUACUUCUUCAUUGUAUUGUGUUUUCUGGCUCAUUUAGAGUUCUCAUUUUUACUGAUGAUUUGUAUUAACUCAUAUUUUCCAGGAUGUGUUUGGUAUGUUGUGUGUGUUAAAGGCCUUAUUUUUUUUCUUUGCUGCUGACACAAAAAACAUUUUUGGUCAUCACAUGGCUGCAGACUGCUUGCUAGAAAGCAUUUAAGAACAUAUGGGCACAUAUUUACACAGCCAGCUGUUAGUGUUCAAGAGGCAGAGUGCUCCUCAGUAUGUUGUACACAUUUGUCAUCGGAAUAUUUUAUAUAUAUGAUGUAAACUGAUUUUUAAAUCAUAUUGUAAUAUUUGUCAAAGACAAUCCUUCUGCCAGCUCCCCACCAAUCUCUGGAUUAGUUCCUCAUCCUGUUGAUUAUCUUUAUAAAAUAUGACUAAAGUUUAACAUUUAUUCCUGUCAGCCUCAGCCUCUAAUAAUUAGGUGUUGUUUCAUAUUUGAGAAAUUUUAACAAAUGGUCCCAUGAAAGGCUGGCUGCUUGUUUACAGGGAAAAAAUAUGUUUUUCAUAGCUUUUGCAUAAGCACUUUUCUGCUUACUGUCACUGGGCAAGUGUAAAUGUUCUGUUGGUGUAUGUAAGUCUACUACUAAUCUAACAGUACUGUAUUUAGUGAUAGAUACUGCACCAGCUGAACCUUAGUUUCUCUUCUUUUAAACCCUUCCUUGAAUGACCCACCAAAACAAGCUGGUCUCAGAAAAAACAAGAGUAUUAAAAUGAAACGGAACAGAAUUUCAAGUGCAGCUGUACAGAGCAGCAACAAAACGAAAAAAAAAGGCAUGUCAGUGAAAGAUGUCAGCUCCAAGUGUGGCUUAAUGUGGAUGUUAAUGAAGUUUAGCAUUGUUAUGGCUUAUUCCUUACCUGCCUGAGCCAUCGGUCAUACUGUUUCUAGAAACAUACGUAUGCAGACAGGUGUGUGUGCGUGCGCUUGCAUGGGUUAGUGUGGAGGCAUAGACUGAUGUUUAUUGCAUCUAGGCCAAUUACCUGAGAAAGAGCUACCCAUGCUGAUAGAAGAAUAGUUCACAACAUUGCUACAUCCUCAACAUGGAUAGUUUGUGACUAAGAAGAAUAAGUGAAUGUGAGAGUUGGUGUUUGUGGACCUGAGCUUGUCAAGACGGAUUGGACACUGUGUGUAACAUGCUGACACCAGCAGCAUAUGCGUUCAAUGUUAAAUUUAAGUAUCGAUGAAGAUUGUUACCCACACUUGCAUGUCAGCUUUCUUGGUAUUGUCUACCAUGGCAGAACUUUGUCACCAUCGCCAAGGUGAUAGCCACGGUCAGGUUCAUAAACUGUAUGGUGGGCAGCUUGCUGUCAAUGGAUGUGAUAAAAUACAUUUCUCUUUCUUAUUUGUGACAUCAGGAGUUUGAGCAAACAAUCAACUAGUCUGCCAUUUAGAAAUUCUUGGUGUUUGAAAUAUGUGGCAAUAUAAAAAUCAGUCUGAGAAUAUGUGGUAAACAAGAAUGGCAGCCUUUUGUACCAAGCUGUAUAUAAUGUAAAAAAGAAAAAAAAAAGCAUAUCCACACUUCAUUUACUACACCUGUUUCUACAAUGCUUGCAUUUUCUAAUUCUUUUGACAAGGUGUAGAAGUAUGUAUGUGUUGGGGGAGGGGGUGUGCAUGCGCUUGUGCGUUUGGGUAUGCAUAUACAUUGUCCAUACUUAUGCUGUAAGAGAGAUUGUCCAAAAAUGGAUUACAAAUUUUUUGCGGCCAAACUGUUGGCUUUGUUUCAUGGUUUUUGAUCCCAUCAGGCUAUGUUCUGGUGAUUGCAUUGUGCUGUUUCUGAAAAUUGAAAAGAUCUUUAAUUAUUUUUGAACAACUGUGUGUUAAGCUUUUCUCAGCCCUGCCUUUCUCUGGAAGUUCUAUUUUCUAUAAAUAUGGACACAAAAUAGAAUUUGUUACUUGCCUUUACACUGUGCAUGUGUGUAACAUUGAUAUCGUGGAAAAUGUGUGUAUCAGUAUCAAACAUUUUUUUAUUAUUGAUUUGUAUACAUUAGGUUUUGUUUUGUUCUGCUUUCUUAAUGUUUUCUUUAUAGUAUUGAUCUACAAUAAUCUGAUAAUCUUUCUGUCAUUUUAUUGAUGCACUUUUGACGAGCGAGUCUUAGUUCAUGAUCUAUGAGUAUACUGUAUUAUGCUUUGCUGUGAGCAUUGCAUGUGUAUUUGUAUAUUAUUCAUCCUUUAAUCAGUGAACAUAGGUUCAGGUUACUGAAAUACUAAUGAAACAGGUGUGUGUGUGUGUAAGAAGAUAUUUUGCUAUUUUUGGAUUCUUAUCCUUUCGUAAGUACGUCAGGAAAGGUAAUUAAGAUCCCAACCCCUUUUAUUUUGCUGUCUUCAUUCUUGUCUUCAUAAAGUAAAAACCCUUUGCUGAGGCUUUUUAGCCCCAUGUAUGACGGGAUAAAACUUUGUAUUUAAAUGUAAUAACUAUAGAAAACAAGAAAUAAGGACCACGUUCCCACCUUCGAAAACUCUUCUUUUUAUCGUUGAUAUUAAAGUCAAAGUAUUGUAAUGAUUUGUUAAAGAUCACAACUGGGACAUAAAAGAGGACACGCAUUGCAAAGGCGGUUUUGUUUUUUCCCACCAAGUUGUUUCUACUGAGAAAGUGAGCCAAAUAGCUGUUCGGAAAGGUUUGCACACAGUUUCAUGUGACCACUAAAGUUUUAUCUUGCUUUUUGCCAAAAGAGCAUCGGCUUGCCCCCUUCACUCUGUGCUCGAGCAAUGCGAACCUCAUAAAUACUCCCUCACGCUCUUUUUAAAUAGUGAUGGGACCUUCCCUAUUUCUAGUCAUUAGAAGAAUUUCAGAAAAAAGUUUCACUGGCGGAAGCCAUCUGACUGUGAUUUAUUUUUAAUUGCCUGAAUCUUGACCCAUUACUGGUUAAUGAGCGCUUCAUUGUGUGGCUGAAGCAGCUGUCAAAAUGAGCUAAAACCGAGGCAUAUUAAGAAGACAUUUUAACGAAAUCCGUGAUUGAUGUAAAAUGCUUAACACGAAAGACAAAGCUUUGAUUGAUCGUAGAGAAGGGACACCUCCGAUCAUGGACAGCUUCGCAUGCUUAUCACGUUGUCCUCGUCGUCUGCUGGAAGGAACGUGGACAACUGUCUCUGCUUGAUGUGUUAUCACUUCUUUCCCACAGUGUGCCCCACAAGACCUCGCCGUCUUUUCUGCAGGAGCAUUGUCAGAGCCGUUUGUAGGCUGAAGAAGUGUCACAACACUUUGAGUAAAUGUUGCCAGAAGACCGAAUUUUGAGGUUUAUUUUGUGUGUACACGUAGGACCAAGUAUAACCCCGAUAUUCAUUCAGUUUGUUUUUUUCUUAAACUGGUAAAUGGAACUAUUUGAAUCGCGGGUGUAUAGUGGUCACAAAGAUCUCAAGUCUUUCGUGCACAUACUUUGGCACACAUAUACUUCUGCUUUUUAAAAAAAAUCUCGUGAGUUUUGCAUCUCAUGGCAUCACAACACAAGGGUGACGAAUGUUCACUGGAAAAUGUUCAGUCAUGAACCAUGAUCUGGUUAUCCGGCUUUGUAUUUUUAAGUCGUAAAUGUCUGAAUUUCAUCUUAAACACGAAAGAGUUUUUGCUGAUUGCAUUAAAGAAAUGGUUUGUAAAGGGA